GCUUCCGUUCCCGUUGUGUGGGAGGCCGAGUCUCCAACGGCCUCAGCGCCGCCGCCGCCGCUGGGUCUGGGCCGGGACCGGGGGCCGAGCCGGGGCCUCCCCGCUGCCCGCCGCCCGCCGCCCCGAGAGCCGAGCCCAGCCUCCCCACUCCCCGCCGUCCAGGGGCCGGGCCGUGCCGUGCCUGCUCCGCUCCCCGGCCCGGGGGUCGCCCCGGCCCGCCCCGGCUCCCCGCUCGUUCCGGCCGUGCCCCCCGCAGCCUCCCCCGGCCCAGUCAUGUCGCUGCACGGGAAGCGGAAGGAGAUCUACAAAUAUGAGGCGCCCUGGACCGUGUACGCCAUGAACUGGAGCGUCCGGCCCGACAAGCGGUUCCGCCUGGCGCUGGGCAGCUUCGUGGAGGAGUACAACAACAAGGUGCAGCUUGUUGGUUUGGAUGAAGAGAGCUCAGAAUUCAUUUGCAGGAACACCUUUGAUCACCCGUACCCCACCACGAAGCUGAUGUGGAUCCCAGACACCAAGGGAGUGUACCCAGACCUGCUGGCCACCAGUGGUGACUACCUGCGAGUGUGGAGAGUGGGUGAAACUGAGACCCGGCUGGAGUGUUUGCUGAACAACAACAAGAACUCGGAUUUCUGUGCUCCACUGACAUCAUUUGACUGGAAUGAAGUGGAUCCUUACCUUUUAGGUACCUCUAGUAUUGACACAACCUGCACUAUUUGGGGUCUGGAGACAGGACAGGUUCUGGGAAGAGUAAAUUUGGUGUCUGGCCAUGUGAAGACCCAGCUUAUUGCACAUGACAAAGAGGUGUACGACAUCGCCUUCAGCCGCGCGGGCGGCGGCCGGGACAUGUUUGCGUCGGUGGGCGCGGACGGCUCGGUGCGGAUGUUCGACCUGCGCCACCUGGAGCACAGCACCAUCAUCUACGAGGACCCCCAGCACCACCCCCUGCUGCGCCUCUGCUGGAACAAGCAGGACCCCAACUACCUGGCCACCAUGGCCAUGGACGGCAUGGAGGUUGUGAUUCUAGAUGUCAGAGUUCCCUGCACCCCUGUGGCCAGGUUAAACAACCACAGAGCAUGUGUCAAUGGAAUUGCCUGGGCACCCCACUCUUCCUGCCACAUCUGUACAGCAGCGGAUGAUCACCAGGCUCUCAUCUGGGACAUCCAGCAAAUGCCUCGUGCCAUUGAGGACCCCAUCCUGGCCUACACAGCCGAGGGAGAGAUCAACAAUGUACAGUGGGCAUCCACCCAGCCAGACUGGAUAGCCAUCUGCUACAACAACUGCCUGGAGAUCCUCAGAGUCUAACUUUGCUGCUUCAUGCACAGUCAGGCAGGGCUGUGUCACUCCCCCUCCCCUCUAAAGUAAGAGCACCACCAGUCAAGUGGCCAGUAUCUGUUGUUGCUUUGCAUCUACUCUUACAAGAAACUGUUACAAGAAUGGAUGGCAGGGGUCUCCUGUCUCUCAAGACUAAAAUGCAGAGACAUGCUGAGCCUCUUGGACCUUCUGGGUUCUGGUUUUCUUGUGAAAUUCUUUUCCCUCAGUAAAAGUUCUGUAUAUUUGUUUGUUGACUGUAUUAAUAAGCUUGCAGGCUUUUGAGUUGCUGCAUAUGUCUGUGUGUUUGUCAGCCAGCCGAGGCAGCACAUCCACCAGUUUAAUAGAUGCAGGUGCAAAACAAGGUGGGGGGAAAAGACAAGGAUGUUAACAGCCACCUUGGCAGGAAUCUUUCUCAUUCCUGUUGUUGCUGCCUCUAAACUGUUUAAACGUUUGUAUGUUUUUUAUAUAUUGGCUAACUUUCUAUUGAGUAUGGUUUUUCUCCCGAAUUCUUACUUUUGAUAUGUGAUCCACUUCCAUAUGUCCAAAGCAGGAGCUGUUCAUGGACACAAACCACAGUAACACUGCAGGCUCCCUGGCAGUAAAUGCCUGCCAGAAUUAACUGUUGCCUUGGCUCCCUCUAUCUGGUGACCUGGGCAGAAUUUUCUGGUGCUGUGAAGUACAAGUACUUGUUGCACAAUUUCUUUACACUUUUUCUGAUGCUCAAGGCAGUUGUUACUAUGGUAAGUCUUAUUUUUCAAUUCUGACUGAGAUUGUGUGUGUCCUGCAGUCGUGUUAGCAAGCAGAGCUGACAGGUGAUAGGUUGGGAAGGAAGAUCCGUGCAUGACGUGAGUGAGCUCCCAGGAGGUAACAGCUCCUGAAAUAUGUACUUGUAAUGGACUUGAGAUUGGCACUUCAAUGAAAUGAUUUCCCCUCAGAAGACUUUCCUUAUCUAAAUCAAAAUAAAAUGGUUUCACGCUUUGUAGCUUGCUUGAUGGGCAAAUAAUAUGAGCAAGAUUUUGUGGUUAGGCUGUACUUGGGAGGUUGUGUUUGGCCUGUGUUCCUGGGAGGUCUUGAAGGGAGUGCAAAGCAAUCUUUUUGUGAAGUGCAUUUGCUUUGUACUGCCAGGUCUUGUUGAAUGAAUGAGACAAGUCAGAAAAGCUGGUCUGCUAUCCAAAAGAAAGCUGUUCUUUAGAAGAAAUUACUCCCUAAUGCGCUGCACAAAGGUGGAUUUAGAAGGAAAGAAGCUGUGCCAUUGAGGCCAAGGUUUGGCAUUUGUCAUCCUCCUGAUUUGAGGGAUGUGCCGGAGGGCUUCUGUUUGGAAUAGUGGAUCAGUCCACAGUAAUACUGCUCAAUGAAAGCUGAGUGGAUUAGGCAAGAUAAAAAUGUUUGUUGAAGUCUUCCACUGAGAUGGGUCCUGUGCUGAGGGCUCUGCAGUGCUCUCCAAUGAGGACAUGACAGCCAGAGCUGCUCUGGAAGGGUGUGCAGCCCAGUUCCCAUGUAAAUGUCAGAAACCAUGAACAUUCUUUCCACCUAAUGAGUAUUCACCUGCAACUGGAGGCAGAUUAUAAAUAGUAGGACACUGGCAAACUUGCAUCUUGUCAGUUUGUGCAGGAAAGGCAAGUUGGGAAAGCAAAUGCUGUGGAACAGUGAAGCUGACACUGUCAAAUACUGAACAGAAUCUGCAAAGUUUUGUCAUUCUGGACAUAGAGAAGUACUCUUCUGCAGGCUGCUUCUCACCAUGGAGCUCAGAAAAGCAUUGCCUCAGGAAUUUGAUAGGAAUUCAUUAGGGACAGCUGUAUUCCAUCACUCCUUUUGAUAGCAGAGAAUCAGGAGACUAACACUGUUCAAACUGAUGUUUUGUCAGUGACGCUCUGUUCAGUUGUGAGAUUUCUGACAAAGCUUGAUCUGACUUGAAGGUCAAUUUUUCUUAUUAGCAGCGGUACUGAGAGUGGUGUAUUCCACAGACAGGUUUUAGCUAGAUGUCAGAGCAGUGUUAGCCAAACAAUUAGUUAUCACUUCUUGCAAUAGCACUUCAUCUGAAACUGGAAAAAAACUGAAAAAGCUUAGGUAGAAUGAAGUGAAAAUUGGGGCUUUCUUAGCAGCUAAUGGCACUCACAGCUUUAGGAGCCAUCUGAAAUACAUUCACAGGCUUGUCAUGCUCUGUUUAAUUACAAAUGGCAGGCAAAACGUGCUGUUACUAGGAGGGAGCUACCUGCAAAGUUAGCAUGUCCCCUUUUUGCAUCAAAGUUUACUCCUGCACAGAUGGCAUGAGUCAAAGAUGAAUGCUGAGAUGAUGAGAAGGGGAGCUUGUGUCUGAAUAGCCAGGUAGAUUCUGCUUCUGUUGGAAAACAAUCCUGUUAGGGACCUGAAGAGGAUCCAGUGUCAGUUCUUCCAUCCAUGAAACUGAUGGAAGUCUAUCUAUGGAAUUGGGUACUUAUUCCAAAGACAUCAAAGGCAAGUGAAGGAAUCUUGGAGGCUCCAGUGGAUUCUAAAUAAAGCCUAUAUCCUGGUUUUUUAGCCAGUUGGGAUACCUUCUGGAUCUACAGCAUACUGCUUUGGGCAUAAUCCAGUGUCAUUCUUCACAUGAAAUUGCAUUUUAAAUCACUAGAGACUGUUUUGGCACAGGGAAAUGAUGCUUAAAAUAACCUCAAAUAUGUCACUUGAAAGGUUAAUGAUGAAAAGACAUGAAAAUCCUCAUGGGUGAGAUGUUCUGUAGUGCAAAUGGCACUUCUGUAUAGACAAGGAAGGGAAAGACUUUGGUGCUCUUUUGGCAGCAGCUGCUGCCCCAGUGGAGGGAAGGGACUGCUCUGCUUGGAGGGUCUGAUAUUGGUUUUAUCUGCAAGAUAAAAUGAGCCCUGACACUUGUCAUGGAGCCUGCAAAUUGAAAUGUACAGUUUAUCACAUUUCCCCUGCCUGACAUUCAGUUUGCUUGGGUGUAAAACCCCCAUAAGCAUUAUUUGUCCCCAAAGUUCAUGAAAAGAAAUACUUUGAUAUUCAGUUUCUGUUAUUUGGUGCUUACUGCACAAGCAGAGGAUGCAGAACAACUUGCAAAUACCUCACAGUUUUUGAGUAGAAAGUAACAUUAAGGGAAGAGCAGCCCAGGUGAGGUGAGCAAAGCAGCAAAGCAGGUGCUGUAGUUGGUACAGGCCAGCCUGAUCCUGGGACAGAAAACUUAAUGCAGAAGUUCUGUAUCAUUUCUCCAGCUGAUGAAUUCAAGAGGCUAAACUAGUGUUUGGUUGUUAUAUUCUGUUUAAACCAAGCUUUCCACAGAUUCCUACUAUUAUGUGUGCAGCCUGCUGGCUCUCAGUGAGGAGAUGUUGAUGUAAAACUUGUUAGUGAGGUGAGAACUUUCAGUUAACAAGUUGAAUUAGUGUGUAGUGUGCCAACUCUGUGAAUUGUCUAAAUGAGAGGGGCUAUGGUAGCUUGCAUCUAUGGGAAUUGUACUCCUGUGUGCAGGGAUUUAAAAGGCAAGGAUUUGAGUGCUUUGACAAUCUAUUUAGAAAAAAAACCACAAUGGUUUCAAAUAAUAGCAAAGGAGACUGCUGAACCAGGUUGUUUUGUAUAGAACCUUGAAAUGUAUUUAACUGGAGAAGCAUUGCCUCUCAUAAGUCAAAGUUAAUGAUCCUUUCAAAACUUUGCAGUAAUUACUCCACUGAAUGUUCUGGGUAAUAGUAAGAAGCUCUAUUUUUGCCUCAUGGUGCAGUGAGAAGCUGCCUCAGUCUCAAGUGCAGAUCACAGCCUGCCAGAGCAGGUGAGGGGAGGAGUCUGCACGGAAUUCACAGAUGUUCUCCUGCUUGUUGUCAGUGGAAAUGAGCUGAGUGUGUCUGUUUUGUUCUCUGCAGAUGGCACUUUAACAAGGAUGUUUUUGGAAAGAUUAGGAGGAGAGUCAUCUUUCCCUCAGCCCUGGUAGGGUAGGCACUUGUCCCUGUUGUGUAGAAACUGUUAAAUAAGGAGCAGCACCAAAAUCCUAAACUGGGGAUGUAGUGGAGCCUCUCUUGUUUUUACUGAAAGCCUAAAGUAGGAGCACUUGGCAAGGCUGUAAAUGUUAAACUGGAUCUGACACUGUGCUGUAAGGCCUGCCCAGGGGAUGUCCCCUAGAGAGCCCUUUUUGUUUAGGAGCUUUAGAGGUGUUUGGAAUCCUCUUCUUUGACGGUGGUGGCAGUGCAGGGUUGGCUGUGUGUACCCACAUUCUUUGGGUAACUUGAAUGUUGUGAGGGAAAAACUGCAGCUGCUGCCUGUGAGGCAUGGAACCACUGAAGUGGCAGCUUGGUGUGGUGUUUCCACUCUUUGCAGCCACACUGGCCAGAGCAGAGAGCAGCAGGGGCGAGCUCUGGGCUCAGCAGGCAGCACAGUUUCAGUCACAGCAAAGUGGUUCCACCACCCCAAAUGCACACUGUUCUCCUGCCAGGUAACACAAAUCCCCUCCAACUCGUGUUUCCUGCAGUAUUCCAGAGCAAGCCUGUACUUGCUGUUCUCUAAUUGUGUGUGGCACUUAAAGAGCACUUUCUGAUGCAGCUGUAUUUCCCCUACUCACCCAAGAAGAGUCAGAAGUGUUUCAUUCUUGAGGGUAUUGAGGAGAGUUUAGGAUGCCCCUGACUCAGUUUGUUUUCUAGAAGAGAUCUCCAGAACUUCCAAUCAGCACCUUUCAUCAGCAGUAAAAAGAACAGUAAUUAAAAAUGCAGCUGAAUACCAGUCACUGAAGGCUCAUCUGGUGAUUCAUGGCAGACACCAGAUGCAAAGGCACUUGAGAGAGUUGCUGCUGCCUCUUUCAGAUGACAAGUGUGUCUGCCAAGGACCUCAGUGGCCUUUUGAGUAGCCUCUGACACUCAGCAUCAAGUGAGAAUUUCCACAGUCAUACAAAUAAUUAAAAUUAUCUCAGUGGCUUCCAUCAAGUUUGUUUCUUUGCAGGAAAUCUAACAAAAUUAAGGAAAAAAGCUAUUUCCUGGCAAAAUACUGUGCCAUAUGCAGGUGUAAACCCGUGGUCCAGCUCCCAUCCCUUGGAGUUUGCUUUCCAUGUGCAACUCCAGCCCCCUCUUGGUGCUGAGGGUGGGUCUGUGGGAUCUUAGCAAGGCAGAAAGGCAACAACCAAGCAGGACAGGGUCCCAGGGCAGCUGGAAAAAUGUAUGUUGCUCUUUCUGACAACUUGGGAAAUAGGAAUUAUGAAAUCUACUAUUUAAAAAGAACCUUUUUUUUAACCCUUGGGUUGUUAGCAGUGUAAAAUGUAAUUUAAAUCCAUUGCACCCAAGCAUUUUUGUUACCAGUAGCCGAGUAGGAGAUUCUCCUUUUAGGUGUGUGUUCCCUUCUGCUCUUCCCAUUGACAGUCCUGUUGUGGUAAUUUCCUGAAGGUGUAAUCUUUGUAGCAUGAUUGUACAAACAUCCAUAUGAGAUUCCUGACUUCUUGUUCUCACUAGGGUAUGUUAAAGCAAUAGUAAUUUUACUCCUGUCCUUUUCUCCACCUGCAACUUCGCUACUAUUCUGUCCUAGAGGAAUCCAGUGUCCUGCUAUUCAACAGACACCUAUUGUUGACAUGGAUAACUGCAGUGUCCCUAUAUUCCUUUAUUUUUAUGGAGAAAAUACAAAGAGGUUUGUUACAAUGGAUUUUAACACCUGAGUCAUGGAACCAUAUUGUUGAAACUCUGUAAAUUCUAAGGCAAUUUUCUGAACUCGCUUGAAAGUGGAAUGUUGCAUCCUUUUAUGCUAUUUCCUGCUUCCUAUGUAGUUUUAUUCAGAUUUUUUAACCUUCUUUCUAAGUUUCGGCCUCCUGUGUAUUAGGUACAGUAUUUUCAGCCUUUCAUACUUUGUAAUAAAAACUGAACCUUUGUAGAUUGA